AUGGUUUACACUCGUUGGAAGUGUGACCGGCUACCGGUUUUCCAACUGAAAUUAUUCACUCAGGAAUAUCCGAUGCAUGCCGCGGUUGGGAUUUUCACUAUUAUAUUUUUAUGGAAGCACAUGAGCCAUUGCUCAGAGGAAACGGAACGCAAAUAUGGCUGGUGGGCGGGAUAUCCCUACUGGCGUGAUCCCAUUGCCCGCAGGAAUGAAACUAAAUAUAAGCAAAUGAUUAUUAAUAAUGAUGUUGACAUUACACAUCCCAAAUGGACGGGAUGUUCCGUAGAGCAAUUGGAGGAGUUAAGUCGAGUCGUGUAG